AUUGUGUCCCCUUUUAUCAAGUCACCUAAUAAUAAUAAAAACAAACCGCAGCACCACGAGAUUCUAAGUGAUAAUAUUGAAGAACACGUAGAUAUUAAACAUCCCAAUCCAAUUUGACUACUCUUAUUCUUGUAAGUUCUUCAUUGGUCGCUCUCUUUCCAACAAAAUCUGUCUCUUCCAAUCGAAGAUCCUCAUGUUUCUCAACUCCUUUGGCUCACCACACUUUUAGAGGAAAUAACAUAGUCCAAUUUCAACCGAAACUUAGAGAAGGAAGCCAAGAAAUUCAGACCCAUGUCAAGAAUGAGUCGGUUGUUAUGGUUAUGGUUAUGGUCGCUCUCCACUCUUUUUCUAUUUAUCUCCGAACUACCCACCUGCAAUUCUUCAUCUAUUUCUGACCUCUUUGAUGAUUGGUGCAAGGAAUAUGGAAAGACAUACGCCUCCCAAGAAGAGAAACAACAAAGACUCAAAGUGUUUCAACAUAACUAUGAGAUUGUUGUUCAACACAACACCAGGGCUAAUUCUUCUCACAGGCUCUCACUCAAUGCAUUUGCAGAUCUUAGUAAUCAUGAAUUUAAGGCCAAAUAUUUGGGACUUUCGCCUUCAGUUAAUGAUUUACUUAUUAGAUUGAAUAGUAGGGAAUCUGCAAUCCAACCACCCAAUCUUGUCGAAGAAUCUGAUCUCCCAGCUUCUGUGGAUUGGCGAAAGAAAGGGGCUGUCACCGCGGUCAAAGAUCAGGGGAGUUGUGGUGCAUGCUGGUCAUUCUCAGCCACGGGUGCAGUCGAAGGAAUUAAUCAGAUUAACACGGGAUCUCUUGUCAGCCUAUCCGAACAAGAACUUAUUGACUGUGACAAAUCCUAUAAUGAUGGAUGUGGUGGAGGGCUCAUGGACUACGCGUUCGAAUUCAUUAUAAAGAAUAAAGGAAUCGACACUGAGGAGGAUUACCCAUAUCGAGGCCGUGAUGGAACCUGCAACAAAGAUAAACUGAAAAGACAUGUUGUAACCAUUGAUAGCUAUGCUGAUGUACCCUCAAAGAAGGAGAAGAAGCUACAACAGGCAGUUGCGACUCAGCCUGUCAGUGUCGGUAUAUGUGGAAGUGACUCAACUUUUCAAUUGUACUCAGGGGGGAUAUUCAGUGGCCCAUGCUCGACCUCUUUGGAUCAUGCAGUUUUGAUUGUGGGCUACGAUUCUGAAGAUGGUGUGGAUUAUUGGAUUGUGAAGAACUCAUGGGGAACUCGAUGGGGGAUGAACGGCUAUAUGCAUAUGCUACGGAAUUCAGGGAAUGCCGAAGGGGUCUGUGGGAUCAACACACUGGCAUCGUACCCUAUCAAAACGAGCCCAAAUCCUCCGCCCUCCCCCUCUCCUGGUCCAACCAAAUGCAAUCUUUUCACUUACUGUGCGAGUGAUGAAACCUGUUGCUGUUCGUGGAGUCUUCUUGGGAUAUGCUUCAGUUGGAGAUGUUGUGAAGCUGAAUCUGCUGUUUGCUGCGACGACCAUAUGCACUGUUGUCCGCCUGAUUACCCGACUUGUGACACUACUAGGAAUCUCUGUCUCAAGAGAAUCGGGAAUUCUACGUUGUCGAAGCCAUUUGGGAAGAGUAGCUUUUCCACAAGUUAGGCAGUGGAGUCCUCUUACAAUCAACAAAAAGGCUUAUGGCAAUCUCAUGGAAUUUUUUUGUUCUGGGAUGGUCAGUUGAGGUAGAUUUUGUGUAGCAUUGGAUUGUUAUUUCUGCGUUUAUGAAUUGAUAGCAAAUCCCAAAACAUAAGUAGAGAAAACACGUUUUGGUUCAGUCAAUAUUUGAUUAAAGAGGGAAUUCUGUUGCUUUCUUAUA